AUAUCUCCUAAAAAUUGUCUGAAAAAUAAGACACAACAGAACCCAAAGCAAGACCGUAAUUCAGAAACCCUCUCCUUUGCCCCUUCCCCUUUGGCGUUAUGUUAAUUUGUAUCAGAUCCUUGGUGAGCUUAAGUCUGAGCCGUUGAUGGCUAUCUCCAUCGUCAUCACCCACCGUCUGAUUGGGUCCACUUGAGCUUUUGCUUGCCGUUUAUGGAAAGGGAUUCAAUAAAAAAAAAAGAAGUGGAAAUACGGACGGGUGAAAGGGGAUUCAAUCUGAAAAUGUUCUCUGGAAAAUUGAAAACCCUAACACCAAGUUUGUUGCCAAUUCAGAUUGUUGGAGAGAAGAGAGCUAUAUUGGGGUUUCUCUAGUACUUAUCCUUUUUUGUAAAUUUUUAAUUUAGAAAAAAGGGUUUCUUGUAAAAAAAGUGAUUUUUUUCUGGGUUUAGGAAAUAUGGAGAGCAAAGAAUUGAAUUUGAAUAAAGAGUGUAAAGCAGAAGGAUCCGGAAAUGGGUUUAUAGAUAGGAGCAAAGUGAGGAUUUUGCUAUGUGACAAUGAUACCAAGAGUUGUGAGGAAGUUUUUUCACUUCUGUUGAAUUGUUCUUAUCAGGUGACCUCAGUAAGGUCUGCCAGACAGGUUAUUGAUGCACUGAAUGCUGAGGGUCCCGAAAUUGACAUCAUACUUACUGAAGUUGAUCUCCCAAUGAUCAAAGGAAUGAAGUUGUUAAAGUACAUUACGCGCAAUAAGGAACUGUGCCGCAUUCCUGUUAUUAUGAUGUCGGUCCAGGAUGAGGUCUCUAUUGUUGUUAAGUGCUUGAGGCUCGGUGCUGCUGACUAUCUUGUCAAGCCUUUACGAACUAAUGAAUUAUUGAACUUGUGGACACAUAUGUGGAGAAGGCGGCGCCAGCUUGGUCUGGCGGAAAAGAAUAUCUUAAACUGUGAAUUUGAUGUAGUGGCAUCAGACCCUAGUGAUGCCAAUACAAACAGUACUACUUUGUUCUCGGAUGACACAGAUGAAAGGUCCCGGAAGAGCUCUAAUCCAGAGAUGGAAGUUUCAACACAUCAAGAAGAUGAAUCUGCUGCUGUUACUGCCGAGCCUCCUCAGACUGAAUCACCAGAAUGUCGUCCUGAUGUUCCUGGAAUAAGUGAUCGCAGAACAGGGCAAUUUUCAUCUGUCCCGAAGAAGAGUGAGCUAAGUAUCGGUGAGUCAUCAGCCUUCUUUACUUAUGUGAGGUCAAGUGCAGUCAAAAACAGCAGUACUCAAGUGGCGUCCUCUAACAAUGAAAACGCUGCUCAAAAUAAGAGCAUUGAAGAGAAUCUUCCACAAUCAUGUCAACAAGUGGUGAAUGACACCCUACCUGAGAAUAGUGAAACAUGGGAAAACAACUCUCUAGGUGACGAUUUUCGUAGCAGCAGUAGUAUUCCAGAUUCCCUUUCCUUGGAGAGGUCCUCUAGUCCCAUGUUGGUGGAAUUUAAGGAACACAAGUUUUCUCAUUCUCAGGUACUUGUGCCUCCAAGAAGUGAACCUCAACAUGAUGCCUCAGGGUUACCUGCACAAAGUGCCUAUCUACACUACAUGUCUGGAGUUUUAAAUCAAGUUAUGAUGCCAUCAUCGACUCAGUUGUUUCAGAACAAUCUCCACGACCUUCAUAAUCAUACAAGCUCUGCUAUGAUGCCUCGUUAUAAUCAUCUUCAACAAUGCCUUCCCCAUCCUCAUGUAAGCAGGAUGGCACCGUUUCCAUACUAUCCAGUUAAUAUGUGUGUGCAGCCUGGUCAUCCACCAACUGGUCACAUGUGGUCAUCGUUUGGGAAUUCAUCUUCCAGUGAAAUGAAACCAAGUAAGGUUGACAGAAGAGAGGCAGCGUUAAUCAAAUUUCGGCAGAAAAGGAAGGAGCGGUGUUUUCAUAAGAAGAUCAGAUAUGUUAACAGAAAGAGGCUAGCUGAAAGAAGGCCUCGAAUGAGGGGACAAUUCGUGAGGAAGAACGGUGUAACCGUUGAUCUCAACGGCCAACCUGCUUCUGCUGAUUAUGACGAGGAUGAAGAAGAAGAAGAGCAAGCAUCAAGGGAUUAUUCACCUGAAGAUAAUACUUCUGGAUGUUGAUGUUUGCUAUCAUACCCAUUCGCCGUGUUUUUGUUUGUGCGUGUACCUCUUCUGGUUUUCACCAUGGAUGAAUGAGAACUAGUUGCAGUG